AUGAACGAGACAGGCAUGGUGUUCAGGAGACUGAGACGAAUCGGCAACCAGGACGAAAUGAAGGAAAGGUACAUCUGGGCUGAGUGGAUGAGGAAGACCCUUCAUCUUGUUCUCACUUUCUCAGACCUGUUUCGAGAGUACCACUAUGUGAACAGCCCAAAGACAUGGGCUGACGCUCAGCAGUACUGCAGAGAGAUGUACGCCGACCUGGCCACCGUAGACAGCUCAGAAGAGAGCGACAGGUUGUUCCUUGCACUGCAACAAUCUGGACAGUUUGCUUGGAUUGGGCUUUACGAUAACACAACCGGCUGGAAGUGGACAAUGGGAGAUGAUGACUUUGUCAGCAACAACGAUUUCCCACCCUGGGAGAGAAAUCAGCCUGACAAUGCAAACGGCAAGCAGAGCUGCAUGGUGAUGAACUGGAUAGGGGGCUGGCGGGAUGAAGUCUGUGACACAAAGCGCCCUUUUAUCUGCUUUGAUGAACAAGCCGCUUCUAAGUACAUUGUAGUGAGCACGCUCAUGUUUUGGGAAGACGCUAAAAACUACUGUCGGUCAAAACACACAGAUCUAGUCAGAGUGUGGAACCUGUCUCAGAAUGACAAAAUCCACCCACUGAUUGGGACAAACCACUGGAUCGGCCUUUACAGAGACCUCUGGGCCAACUGGUCUGACCACAGCCCGGUGACCUUCACUAACUGGGAGGUGGGCCAGCCUGACAACAGAGGCAGCACCAACGACACUUCCUGUGCUGCAGUCGAAACAGCCACAGGAACAUGGUGGGAUGUGGACUGUAGUGAAGAGCACGAGUUUAUUUGUCAGACUCUGAUCCCAUCUACGAGGAGGUUAAAGCUGGGCUUCCAGUCUGAGGCCGACCUGACUGAUCCUCACAUCCAGCAGCAGAUUUUAGAGAAGCUGCACCGUAAAAUGGAGACCCAGGGAUUAACAGACUUCAAACUUCGCUGGAUUGAGAAAGAUGGGCAGAUUUUUCACAAGGAACUAAAGAAAGAAACAUGAAGAAAUUCAGCUGUUUUCAUUUGCUAUUUCUGUAACAAUGAAUAUGAUGCUAAAUAUUUCAAAAGCCUAAUCUACAGAAGAUCAUGUCAACACAUUUCCCACAAAGUCAGUCGUUGACAUUUGUCUUUGCUCUUUUAGCCAAGUUAAAACUGUUUACUUUAUAGAUACACUAUAAGAUAGAUAGAAGCCUUUCUGAAAAAAGUGGAUUUCUAAAUUUCUAGGCAUACAUUAUGUGUGCUUUAAAUACCAUGUAACAUUUUUUUUUCUGAUCCAGUCAAUUUAACAUGGUUAUAAAAUUUACAGGUCAGACCAGGAUUAGAAAAGUCCUGAAUAUUUUAACAAAAUAUCUCACACAACUAACUGCACUACAGUGUGUUUUUCCUGAUGUGUUUUAUGCUAUAUAUGGUAUCAUACGUACUAUCAA